AAUUCGAAUUUUUCUGUCGUCGCGGUCGGAUGGUGUGUGCGCUUGUUCGGGAUUAUGCAUAUGCAGAUGAACACAUAUAAAUAAAUAACAAUUAAAUAUUACUAAUAAGAGGCCGUAUCACGGCCCGCCCUCCCUGAAAACAGUGUGCAGUGUGUGUUAUGUGCUACGUGUUGUGUCCCGCCCCUGUCCAUGUUCCCGUUCCCGCUUCCGAGCAGAAGAAUAAUUUGUGUUAAUUGCAUUAAGCAACGGUAACGAUUGCCGAAAAAUAUUUGCAACCAAACAAACAACGUGAGGGAGAAGCAAAAAGCAAGCGAAAAGCGAGACGCAAAAGGCUGCCUGCGCCAAGUGAACAAACGGUUCUUCAACGCACUCUCUUUUUGGCCUGCUGUCGCCGAGCUGCAAAAACAACAACAAGAACAGCAGCAGAGGCGUGGGAGACGACAGCGAUCAUAACGGUUCGCGCGUACGAAACAAAUGCAAACGACAGACGAAAGAAACGCCAAAAGAAGGAAGCUAAGAAACACAACAGAAAGUGUGCGGUGAAAUAGACAACAAUAAAUAUCGGAACAUUGAUCUGAUCUCUCGAUCAGAAUCAGAAUAUUCGUGGACCACAAAGUGAAACGGAACAAAAGCUGCGCUGGCUUCAAUGCAACUUCGCGUGCACCCUACUAUGGACUGCAGCGGCCGUUCAAAUAGCAAUAUUGAACGCGAUUCCGAUUUGGGCGACGAUCUGUCACAUGGUGAUCGAACGGACGACGAGAUGCGCGACUGCGACUCCGUGGAUGGGGAGCAUCAUCAGCUGAGCGCCAAGGCGGCAAUUGCGGCCAGACUCAGUCACACAGCGGCCGGCGGAGGAGGCGGCGGCCACAACUUUGCCAGUCCCGAACAGCAGACAGAAUUGUCGCUCAGCCAUCAUCACCAGUUGCCGCCAAACCAUCCGCUCAAUGCGCUGGGCAGCUUCAUGGGCAUCGGGGGACUACACAGCAUUCCAAGUCUGCAGCACAGCGACGUGCUGGAGAAGCUCAAGAUGCAGGUGCGCGACAUGAAGGUGGGACUAAUGGAACAGGACUAUGCGGCCGCUGCCCAUGCCGCUGCCUUCGGGGCCAAUAUGCUGCCCACAACCAUAAGCUCGGGCUUUACGCUGCCACACAAUUCGGUGGCUGCAGCAGCGGCCGCUGCGUCCUUUGGCCAUGUGGCAGCGGCGCCCACCGCCAGCAAUGGUGGCAGCUACAAUGGUGGGGGUGUCGCGACACCAACUUCAGGCAGCAAUGCAGCAGCCACCAAUGGAGGCAGUCACAACAGCCACAACAGCAGCAGCGGCGGAGGAGGAGGCGCAGGACCUGGCGGAGGCAACGGCAACGGCAACGGCAACGCGGGUGGACAUCCCUUUUCGUUUGCCUCACCCACAGCUGUGGCUGGCGGCGGCGGCGGCGGCGGCGGCGGCAAAGAAGCCAAUUCCGCAUCGAACUCAUCGACGUCCAGCGAGGCAUCGAAUUCGUCGCAGCAAAAUAAUGGAUGGAGCUUCGAGGAGCAAUACAAACAAGUCAGACAGCUCUACGAAAUCAAUGACGAUCCCAAGCGCAAGGAGUUCCUCGAUGAUCUGUUCUCGUUUAUGCAAAAGCGCGGCACGCCCAUCAAUCGGCUGCCCAUUAUGGCCAAGUCCGUGCUGGACUUGUAUGAGCUGUACAAUCUGGUGAUUGCACGCGGCGGCCUCGUCGAUGUCAUCAACAAGAAGCUGUGGCAGGAGAUCAUCAAGGGACUGCAUCUGCCCUCGAGCAUCACCAGUGCGGCGUUCACACUGCGGACACAAUACAUGAAGUAUCUGUAUCCGUACGAGUGCGAGAAGAAGAACCUGAGCACCCCGGCCGAGCUGCAGGCGGCCAUCGAUGGCAAUCGGCGGGAAGGACGCCGCUCCAGCUACGGCCAGUACGAGGCCAUGCACAAUCAGAUGCCACUGACGCCCAUCUCGCGGCCUUCGCUGCCGGGUGGCAUGCAGCAGAUGUCGCCGCUGGCUCUGGUCACACAUGCGGCGGUGGCCAACAAUCAGCAGGCGCAGGCGGCAGCAGCCGCAGCGGCCGCACAUCAUCGGCUGAUGGGUGCGCCGGGCUUCGGCCAGAUGCCCAAUCUCGUCAAGCAGGAGAUCGAGAGCCGCAUGAUGGAGUAUCUGCAGCUGAUUCAGGCCAAGAAGGAGCAGGGCAUGCCGCCAGUUCUGGGCGCCACACAUCCCCACCAGCAGCAUCAGCACCAGCAGCAGCAGCAGACGCCGUCACAGCAGCAACAGCAGCAGCAGCAGCAGCAUCUCCUCCAGCAGCAGCAGCAGCAGCGGCAGCGAUCACUGAGUCCGGACAUAAGCAAGCACGAUGCGCUCAGCGCACAGGUGGCACUGUGGCACAUGUACCACAACAACAACAGUCCACCAGGAUCGGCACACACCUCACCACAGCAACGCGAAGCCCUGAACCUCUCCGACUCACCACCGAAUCUCACAAACAUCAAAAGAGAACGCGAACGGGAGCCCACGCCAGAGCCCGUGGAGCAGGACGAUGGACCGCAUCACCCACCGCCGGCCAAGCGAGGGGGCAGCAGCCUCCUGCCGCCCGGCUUUCCCGCCAACUUCUAUCUGAAUCCACACAACAUGGCCGCCGUGGCGGCAGCAGCGGGCUUCCAUCAUCAGGCGAACAGCGGCCAUGGACACGGGCACCAGCAGGACGCCGCCUCCGAGGGUGAGCCCGAGGACGAGUACGGCCAUGCAGAGCACAACACCACGGGCAAUUCCUCGUCCAUGCACGACGAUGGUGAGGCUCAGCAGAUGAACGGACACCACCAUCACCACCAUCAGAGCCAUCAGCUGGACAAGUCGGAUGACUCGGCCAUCGAGAACUCGCCCAGCACAUCCACCACCACAGCCUCCGUGGGCCAUCGCCACAGUUCGCCCGUGUCCACGAAGAAGAAGAGCGGCGGCAAGGCGGCCAACCAGGCGAGCGGCAAGGAUCAGCCGGGGGAGCAGAAGUGUGGCGGCAGCUCCAAAAUGAAUCCACUGGACACGCUCAGCCUGCUCUCGGGCAUGCAGUUCCAGGUGGCCAGGAAUGGCACUGGCGAGAAUGGAGAGCAGCAGCUCGUUGUCAAUCUCGAGCUGAAUGGCAUCAAGUACUCGGGUGUCCUGGUGGCGAAUGCUGCCAUCCCCAGCCAGGCGGAGACCAGACCGGGAUCGCCAUGCGCCGAGCCAGCGGCUGAUGAGGACGACGAGGAGGAGGAGGAGCAGGAAGAGCAAACGUCGCAUGCCGUGGAGGAGAACGCUCAACGUUCGCCAGUCAAGGAAGAAGCCAACGAGGAGACAGACCAGGAUAUGGACACCAGUGCUGCUGCCAUUGUGAAUGGUGGGGGAACUGUGGGCGCGGGAGUGGGCGUGGGUGCGGGCGGUGUGGGUAUGUCCCUGCUGAAGGAUGCGGUGCUCAGUUCGUAGGCCGGCCAGGGGAAAAGUAUCGAGAGAGGAAUACCAAAGUCAUAUUUUUCAGAAAAAUACAAAAAGAAGUAAAACUCACACACACACACACACACACAGAUGCAUCAAACAGCAACCUACAUAUAUGUAUAUACACAC